UUGCUGUCGUUGGCAUAUUUUCCUUUACAGUAUACUGUGCAGCCGAGGCUCGUUUUGUCAGCACGGGUGCUUAGGACGUUACCCGCGUACCUAGGUAUGGAGUACCAAACAGGUAGUACUCCUUGUGGCCUCCCUCUGCAAAGCGUAUAUAUACCCCAGAGCUUACGUCUAGUGAUCUACUUCCAGAGUUGUCUUCCAGCGACGCAAGUCACCUUAAUUGCCUCUCUUGAAAGAGUAACAGAAGGUCUAUGAAACAUGGCCACCAUCAAAUCCAACACCUUCAUAUCCCCUACCACGAACAAACAAUUCACAUAUCUCUCUGCAGGUCCGACCGACGGACCUUUGAUAUUUUUGUUGCAUGGCUGGCCCGCCAUAGGAUUGACAUGGAAGCCGCAACUCCUCGCCUGGUCAAGUCUCGGCUUCCACGUCGUUGCCCCAGACCUGCCCGGCUACGGCGGGACAUGGACGUCCAAGGACCCCAAGGAUUUCGCGCUCGAAAAACUCGUGCCUCAAAUCCUCGAAAUGUUUCACUCUCUGGGACGUGAACAGGCGAUAUGGGUAGGACACGACUGGGGAUGCGGACCACUCUGGGCCAUCGCUUCGCAUCAUCCAGAAGUCUGUCAGGCGGUCGUCGGCAUCUCUGUCCCCUACCGCACGCUUGAAAUGGGGUUAGAGCAUCUGAUCAGCUUGAUUGACCGUCAGGUCUACCCCGAGGAUGAAUACCCCUGGGGUCAAUGGGACUAUCAAGUGUUUUACGAGCGUGAACCGCAGGCCGUGGAUCGACAGUUUGAGAGCGAGCAUGUGGAGAAGUACAUUAAACUCGUUUACAGUCGGGGAAGUGCGGCAGCUGGGAAAGCGCCCGCGCGGACGGCGAGGGUGAGUAAAGAUGAUGGAUGGUUUGGUGGACCGGCGGCAGCGACACAAGUUCCUGAUCUGCCGUUAGAACGCACAGUACUGGACGAAGAGAUUCUUCAGGCACUCGUAGCGAGUGCGAGGAAGAAUGGCUGGCACGGGGCGACGGCGUGGUACUUGAAUCACAAGGCCAAUGCUGAGUAUACGGCGAAGAGUGUGAAUGGAGGGGUGUUGAAGGUGCCGAUUUUGUUUGUGCAUACUGAGUAUGAUGCUGUUUGUCAGACGGUGCAUAAUCCACGGUUCAUGGUCGAGAUGAGAGGCAAGUGUGAACGGUUGUGCGAGGUGGUGGUGAAAGCAGGACAUUGGGGAGCGUUGGAGUGCAAGGAGGAGGUCAAUGCUGCCGUUGUGGAAUGGAUUACGAAGGAGGUGACUGAUUGUUGGCCGGGGCCGGUGCUGAAGAGUAGGAUUUAGUCAUGGGAGAGGGUAGGACCUGGGGAGAAUGAUAUGCUGUAUGACGGGUGAGGGGACGAGUGAGAUGGACUGAGAUCGAGGACAGUGAUAGCAUAUGGAGCAUCAUUAUGGGAUAGAUUUCCAUUCCAUCUUAGCCUUCUUUGAUGGUCCGUUGGAUCAGCAUCAUCGUGAGAUAUCAGCAGACCUA